AAAAAAAAAAAAAAAUUGUUCUUCUUCUUCUUCUUCAAACGCCUCUCUCUCCCUCGCUCCCGGCCCACACGUCUCUGCUUUUCUUAAAAGCGGCAGUUUUCUCUCUCUAGCUGGGGCCCCUGGGUCUGCAAAUACCCAGCAGAAAUCGAACUGGGUCUCUCUGUGAUUUCUUUAGCAACCGGCGCUCUCUCUCUCUCUCUCUCUCUCUCCCUUCCUCUUCAAACGCUUCCCACCCCCAUUUCCCAAGCACUCCGAUACUUUCUUGCUUGCUUUUCUUUCUUUGGCGCUCGAAGAUGGCCAUGCUCGAUGCUCUGAACGACGGCCAGUUCUGGCUCCCUCCCCAGUUCCUAGCCGACGGCGACGACGACUUCCUAGCGGCCGCUGCGGCGAAGAAGGGCCUCGACCCGGGCUCCAACCCGUGCUGCCGCUUCGGGCCCUGCGGAGGGUACUCGGGCCUCGGCUCUCCGGUUGAGUCGGUGUUCGGCUCCACGGAGACCGAGAGCGACGAGGAGGACUUCGUCAUCGCCGACCUCACCCGGAUAAUGGCCGGCUCGGCUCUCGGCGGGGAGGGUCUCAAGAAGCCCAACUUCUCUGAUUUUGCUCCUGCUUACUCCAAGGGACGGUGUCUGUCUGUUUCGCCGCAAUCGACGCUGUGCGGUUGUUGUCAAUCUCCUCUGCCAUUCCAGGCCUCUUCUCCUCCGGGCGGCUGGGAUCUGCUGCGCGAGGCCGCCGUGGAGGCUGCGAAGAUGAGACUUCACAAGUUGCAGCAGCUUCACGAACUCGAGCACGGCACAAGUGUCCCGGGUCAUUACUUUUACCCGAGGAAAAUCGCUGCGAUCCCCGUCCCUCCGGCGAAGAACCCUAACUCGAACGUCAAUUUGUACCCACACCAGUCGCUUUCCUACCAGCAGAUGCUGUUUGAUCAGCAGAUGAAACAGCAGCAGCAGCAGCGAGAUUCUGGGGCUUGGGGAUCGCAACCGAAGGCGACGCAACAGCAGCAGCGAAUGGCGGUACAUCAAGUGGCGAGAGACGAUGACGCUGUUGUCUGUACCCGGAACGGUGGUGGCCGGACCACUCUGGGCAUGUCCCCAUCUGCAUGGCCUUCGCUCCAGCAGUCUCAGCGGCAGCCGCAGCAGAGCGGCCUCCUCCAACACCACCAACUCCAGAACGGCACCGGCAUGCGGGCGGCGUUCCUGGGCGCUCCUCCGGCAGCCGCAAAGAGGGAGUCCGCCGGCACGGGCGUGUUCUUGCCCCGCAGAGCUGGGUCUCAGCCCGAACCGCGCAAGAAGCACGCUUGUCCGACGGUGUUAGUCCCGGCCAAAGUGGUUCAAGCUCUCAACAUGAACCUGAGCUCUCGGCACUCUCAGCACUCUCAGCCUGGGCUCCGGACCCGUCGUCUCGCUCCCGAAGCUGUAGAUGAUGGCGUUUGGAAGUUCCCGGCGAGCGGACCCUGCGCACAGCCGCGGCGGAACCUCCGCGCGCAGCCGGCGAUGGGCCAUGAAGCCCGGCUACCUCAGGAGUGGACGUAUUGAUACGAUGCUCGCUCACUAUCACCGUGGCUUCAUACUAGGUGGUGUUUUUUUUUUUUUUCCCCUAGGGGGAGGAAGUUGCUUUAGAAUGAAGAAGUUAGUAUUAGGAGGAAGAAGAAGAAGAUGGAAGGGGAAAAUUAGGGUUUUUUUUUUUUUUUUAACCUUGGGGGGUUUAAAUUUAGGUCUUAGGAUGGAAUAAAUGAAUGUUACUGCAAAUUGAAAAUUGAAGGAGGAGGAAAAAGAUGGAAUGGGACAUGUUUUCCUUUUGUUUUCUUUUUGGGGAGGGGGGUGGUUUCAGGGGGAAGCGUGAAGGAGAAGGACCGCGGUCGAUGAGGGGAAGUUUUUGCCUUUUCGGUCUCUCUCAUGUUUUCUUUUUUCCCUUCUUGUUUUUUUUUUUUUUGGGUGGGGGGGUAAUAACGUCAUUUUGGAAAUGUAAAAGGAUUGGGGGGUGUGGGUCCCCAUGGUUUUGUGAAGGUGGGGGAGGUCUGCCGCUCGCACAGGCCCUUUCUUUUCUGCGAUCGUGCAAUAUGAUGUGAUACGAUAUUGGAAUAGUAAUAUGGAAUGUGAAUUUGCGGAAAA